AUGUAUCCCGCCGAGAUGGACUAUGUCCCUGGGUAUGGUCAAUCACCCUACCCGCAGGCCCAGACGAUGCAGCCCCGACGACCGCGGGGGACACCGCGGCCCCAGCAGCAGCAGCAGCAGCAGCAGCAGUAUUUCCAACCAGAGCAGUACCAGUACAUGCAGACGCCUCAGCCACCGCAGGGGUUCCCGCAGCCCAUGCAAUCGACCUCGCGGCCCGUCAUUCCAAUUGUGCCCAUGUCCAGUGCACGGCCCGUCAUGCCCAACCGUAUGCCCACGCCUGGUGUUCCACAGUCGCAGGGCCUAUACUCCCAGCAAAGCACAACAAUGCCCAUGCCCCAGCCCGUCAUCCCGAAUAUCCCAGCGCAACAAGCUAACGGUGUACCAGUAGUACCUCGGAUGGGACAGCAAUAUACGCCAGACCCAAUGAUGUUCCCUGAGCCUCAGGUUGCCGGCGCUGGCUCGCGGUUGACACCGGGCAUACAUGAGCAGUAUGAUUCACGCCGUCGUACCCCGACACCUCCUACACCGCCGUACAACCCGCUUCCUGCGCCACCUAGGGAUGUUUUUGAGGACUCGCCCUACAUAUCACUUCUCCGUGAACUCCGUCGACCUAUUGACGAGUCGACAAUCCGGCGAAACAUCAUGAUCCCGCCGAGCCAGCCGAUGAACGUCAGCAUGACUGCUGGCUACAUGACUGGGUCGCGUAGGAGUCACGACCGCAAGCACAGCCGCAAGGGCAGCCUCUUCAAUGUCUUCGGGCGUCACCGACGCGAUGACGAGGAGGACGAGGAGCCAGUCAUGCAGGCGCAGCCUAUCUAUGCGGCGCCGAUGAUGCAGCAAACACCAGGUGUCAUUCCAGUAUACAACCCUACUCCGCAAAUGACCCAGAUAGGCAUGAAUGGCGUCGCCGUGCCAGCGCCGGUUGCAACACCUAUGCCAGUACCUACACCUAUCCCUGCUCGCGGGCCAACGCCCGUGCCGAUGACCAUGCCCACACAUACGCCGGCCCGCUCGAUCAUCAAGAUCGACCGCGGGAAUGAGCUUGGAGGUCUCAUUCACACAUCGCCGCACCUCGUGCACUAUAAUCGUCAGUCGUAUCCCAGCGCCUUUCACCUGCACGAGGCAAUGAAGUUCAUGGGACACCGACCGGACAUCGCGGAGCGCAUCCGCACGAGCAGGACGGUCGAAGAGGCGCGUGCGAUCUCGGCAGCGAACCACGAGCAUGUGCGACCGGACUGGGAGCGAGUCUUCUUGGGAAAGAUGGACGAAGUACUAUAUGAGAAGCUGAUGCAGCAUCCUACACUUCGCGCGGUGCUACUGAGUACUGGUGUAGCCGACCUCAUAGUAUCCGACAUGAAUGACGCUUUCUGGGGGGACGGACCUCUAGGCCAGGGCGCAAACGAGCUCGGCAAGGCGCUCGGUCGAGUACGAGAGCGAAUGAGAGCGGAAGGCAUGGGAACAUGA